GCUGCGCCACUGGACGAGCACAUGUGGACGCAGCUAGAGCCCGGGAAGCUUACUGAGGCUGGCUUCCCGACACCAGAUGGUCAGCUUGCCAUGACAGUGGACAUGCUCAAGAUGAAAAUCAGCAUGGCCGCCCAGGGCGACCCCAAGAUCCUCCGGCAGGACCUGCUCCGCAUCGCGUCCUCAGUGCCGACGUUGGCAUCGUCCGAGCUCAAGGGCGACACGUCUGCUUUGAAAACGGUCAUGGGCAUGCUCGACGAGGACGCGACGCCAGGGGUCGUCGAGCUGGAGACGGCCUCGGAUUGUAUUCGUGGUAUCUUUGAUAACCGGUGGCCGAUGGCGUCGUCGGCAGUGCAGUGGCCGCAAGCCAAGAAGCUCCUUCGUGACGUCGAGGUAGCCAUCGCUGGAUACUCAGCUGGUACAGACCUGCAGAAACGAACGGUGGACGCUGUCAGCAUGGCCGUUGACUACGCCAGGAAGGACGCAACCACCCUGGAUGCGAGGUACCUGUGCAAGGACAUCGUCGACGAUCCAUUGUAUCAAUACGUGGCGAUCUCCGCGGACCUGAUUCUGUGCAUGGGCCAGGAGCUCGUCGGUACAAUGAUCGGCUGGCUGGAUCGCCCCCAGGAGGAGCCCCGCUGGGAUGGCGAGAAGUGGAUCGCAGGCGUCAAACUGACCACUGACCUGGUCGCGGCAUGCGAGCAGGUGCCGAAACUGAGCGAGAAGAUGAAGGGCAUUGACAUGGUUGAAUACCAGAUCGUGGUCGAGUUGCUCCAGAAUGCGGCUGCCACCAUCCAGUUGCUCGACUCCCGUCAGGGCGCCGAUUGCCAAAUCAGCAAGGUGCCAGAAUACAUCCAGUCGUUCGGCGAGAACAUGAAAAUACUGGAGGAGCUCUGGGAUGGACAUGACCUCGAGACGGACAUGAAGUCGUUGUUCGACAAGUUCAUCUCAUCGGCAGGGGUCACAGAGGUCAAGGGCAUGUCGGCUGCCCGGCGCGCGGAUCGCAUGUCAACGUUCCUGCGCAUGUGCGAUGGGGCGAUCUUCGGCAACUACGGCGACAGCUUCUGGACCGCCAGCUGGGCCGCGGAGUUGUGCCAGCGUGACGACAUCCUGGGCCAGUACCACUUGGUAGUAGGAACAGGUUACAGAGCGGCCAUGACGCAGGACGCCGAGCAGUCAUUCAAGGACGCGGUCGAGGCGGCACGGUUCUGCGACGUCAAGUUCCGCUCGCGGGUGGGGCUCAUUGUUGGGUGUGUCAAGGUCUGGCUGGCAGGCCUCCCGUUCGUGCAGUGCGACUGCGAUCUUGAUGAGCAGGCGGCGAAGGCGUGGCUCUCUGGCGCGCAGGCGGUCAAGGACCUCCAGGGCACCGCCAACUCCUUCCGUCGUGCGCACGAGAAG